UGUUCCUGCUACGCUUCGUGUCUGGUAUCUUCGGCAUACCGUGUCCAAACCCCUUCAAUUCGCCUUUAACGGCUACUUUUCGACCCUGCUUGCUCGCCUCGCAGGGCGACUGACUGCUCUCUUCCGCCCUCUCCGCAUCCUCCCCCUCGUCUCAACGCUCGAUACCCCACCAUUGGCUGAUUCUCGAACCUUUUCCCUCAUACAGGACCGUCGCAGACCGGAAGAUUGGCAGCAGCAGCAGGAUGACUUCAUACUUCUCGUCACUGACGUCCUCGUCGGCCAUCUCGAAUUUGGGCACCAGGCUCAAUUCCUUGAAACGGGCCAUCACGUCCGGCGACGAGCGCGACGACCCGGACAACGAGGACUGCUCGCACAUCUCCAAUGUGCUGCGCGCCUACUACACCGAAAAGGGGCGACCGUAUCCUUCUUGGCUGCCCACCGACCCGAAAGCCCCCGCGCCGGCGCCGGCGCGGGUCAUCGCGACCUCUCAGAUCCAACCCGGAGCACCUGGUAGCGCCCCAGCGUCAUCAGCAUACGGACGCGGCGGCAGCGGCGGUGGCGGCCUGGGCGACCUGUGGGGAGAUGCGGGCUCGGCCACCACGCCUCCGUCAUCCCAAACAUCUAGUCUGCGACGGGGUCGCAUGACUGCCGGAAACAACAGCAACAACAUGGGUGCCCCCCUGUCAGCCACGGCCAGUGCCCCGGGAGGAUCGGUCGCCCACCACCACAACAGUCUGUCCCCGACACCGUCGGCGAUGCAGCAGCAGCACCACCCGGCCGGGGGCCGUCCCCUGCCCAGCCAGCGAGCCGGGUCCUACCAGACGAUCUCGGGCCCCGUCACAGGUGGUUCGACGCAACCGCUGGAGCGAGCAGCGUCGGCCCAGGAACGACUCCGGGCACGCUUGCAUGGGGGCCGGUCGCCCAGCCCCGGCCAGAAUCCGAGUAGUCGGCCGGGAUCACCCUACGUUGGAGGGGGAGCGGAUCCUAGCGCACGAAAACCGGUAGGGAUGCCGGGUCGACGGUAAUGGGAAUGACCAAUGAUUACGUCGGGGAGUGUCCUGACGAGAAAAGGGAAUCGUCCGGAAUAAGAAGACUAGAAGGGAGUAGAGACAGGCUCUACUAGUCUAGUGGGCACCCAGCCUGCAGGGAAAGAUGGAGACUUGCUGGUUUUAGUCUGUCUUUCACAUCGGGUGGUGCUGAUGGAGACGGUGAGUUGGAGUUGAAGAGAAGUGAGAAAUUAGUGAGUGAUCAGGGCCACGGGCAGGUUGGAUGGCUUUUCCGUUUACAUAAUUGAUCCCUCCCCACCCGAUGGCUUAAAUUAUUCUCCUCUUGUCGUGUUGUGUACUCUAUUAGCGAUGCGAUUUGAUCUGUUGCUGCUUCUG